UGUUUUUUUUCUCAAGAAUAGCCAAUAAUUAAUAUAUAAUAAUAUAAAAUGAUAAACAAUAUGUGAUCAUUUAAAUAUGGCCUAUGACAGACAUUUUUUGUAAUCCACUCAAGACUUACACAAUCGAAAGCAACAAGCUGCAACACAUUAUUGAUGAAAUAAGCAAACAUGAUUGAAAGAAAAUACAAAAAUAAAAAAAUACCAAUACUAAAAUACUCAGUUUCCCCUACAUGUAAUUGAACGUGGCGCCUCGCCCCAGCAAAAUAAAAGCAGCUACACCUUUAAAAAUGUGUUUUUUUUUUAACGUGAUAACAAAUUUAACUUAUACAGCAUAUUGUAUGUAUGGUUAUAUAUUAUAUAGCCAAUAUACGCACUAAUGGCCAUGAUUAGUUUGCAAAACUUUUCAAAUAUCAUAAAAAUGUUUCUGCUUUAUUUUGAAAAAAGUGCAUCUGAGUCAUCUGUCAACAUAAAAUGCUACAGCUGGUCGCACACCUGAUCAACCCUGGAAUGGAGUUGGCUCUAUGCAAAAGAAAGUCAUGAAAAGAAGGACUGGACUUUUCUGUUUACCAGAUUUCACAACAAAACCAGUGGACUUCCCGAUAUCCAAGACAACUUGUGAAAUCCCAGAAGUGCAGGGUGACGAGCCAGAUUUUAUAUCUCCCAGCCAGUCAUCACACAGACCAAAGGAUGAAAAUACUCUCCCAGAAAACGGUGCUGCGCCACCACUUUGUCCAGUUCCAACACCGGUGCCAGCUGGGCAAAUGCCAUACCCUCCUUAUUUUGAAGGAGCCCCCUUCCCCCAACCUUUAUGGGUGCGCCACAGCUACAGUCAAUGGGUACCACAGCCCCCUCCACGACCAAUUAAAAGGAGGAAGAGGCGGACACGAGAGCAGGGACGCAUGGCCAUCAGUACCAUCCGUCUGCGGCCACGGCAGGUACUUUGUGAAAAGUGCAAAAAUACCUUGAAUAGCGAUGAGGACAGCAAAGAUGGCAUAAACAAUACCAAGACCUCGAGAAAAGAGAACACACUACAGAGCGAUGACGAUGGAGACGACAAAGAUAUACCUAAUAAUAAGCUCUCAAAAAAAGACGAUGUAGUGGCAACCAAGGACAGUAAGAGACGGGAAAACGGCACCAGCAUUGACAGCAAACGCCUCAGGAAAGACAAAAAGGGGGAAUCUGAAGGGGAGAAGUUCUCUGGAAGUGACGUUAUCCCCCACAGUCCAGUCAUAAAGAUUUCAUACAGCACUCCACAGGGCAAGGGAGAGGUCAUGAAGAUCCCCUCGCGAGUCCAUGGUUCAGUAAAACCAUUCUGUCCCAAGCAACUAGUGCAGAAUGGCUUAACUGCAAAUGGCAAGAUUCCAUCUAAUCCUACCAAGGAGCAAAGACACAUUUUAGAUGCUAGGCGGUCUGGUCUUACUGUAUCCAUUCCCAAACUCAAACUGACGAGACCUUUCACCACCGUUUGUCAGGAUUUGCCAUCUCCAAAGAUCCGCUUGAAACACCCACCGAGGCAGCGCAAUGAGAGCCUGGUCGAAUAUGAGGCAGAACUUGUAGGAGAUCCCAGGAGACGAAGUCCAAGGGCAACAGCACCCUGCCUCGCCCACUCUGAAGACUCUGGGGAAGGCAAGAACUCUCUGGAGUUGUGGUCAGCGAGUUCUGGAGAGGAGGCGGAACACGGCCACAAUGACCUUACCCUUCUCAUCAAUUUCCGUAAGCGAAAAGCAGAUUCCUCCAGUCUGUCAGUUUGCAGCAGUGACAGCUUGGAUGAAUCCAAGUCUUUCAGUUCUGAUGGCACGUCACCAGAGCUGUGUGAUUUGGCACCUGGCGAGGAUCUAUCUGUAACCUCAUCUUCACUACCAUCACGGGACGAUUGCAAGACUGUUCCCCCACUCACAGUGCGGCUACACACCCGCAGCAUGACAAAGUGUGUGACAGAAGAGGGUCACGCUGUGGCGGUGGGGGACAUUGUGUGGGGAAAAAUCCAUGGCUUCCCCUGGUGGCCUGCACGUGUCCUCAGUAUCAGCGGCACCCGCAAGGAGGAGACUGCCACUUCGGAGGCCCAGUGGCCCCAGGCAAAGGUGGCAUGGUUUGGUUCUCCUACAACAUCCCAACUUUCUGUUGCCAAACUUUCACCCUUCAGAGAGCUCUUCAGGUCCCGUUUCAAUCGUAAAAAGAAAGGGAUGUACCGCAGAGCCAUCCUGGAGGCAGCCAAGGCUGUUGGACACAUGAGCCCAGAGAUUACGUCACUACUUUCCCAUGGCGACACAUAGGAGGCUGGGUGCAGAAAGGAGGUCGCAGAGGUUUUUCUUCUUUCGUGAAUUCUCAGACCCCGGUCAUCAAGACCCAGGAGGGAAUACGUGUGGUUGCCUGGGCUACUAUUUAUAUGCUGUCCCCCCCUUUUUUCAUUUCUUUUUCACAAGGCUGAUGUAAAAUGGCUGCCAAGGUGAGGACAAGGGAGCAAAGAAAAAAAAAAAGGCCAUGCACCCCAUGGUAUGCUGUGACUGUUCCUCCUUGUUUAAUUUUCUAGAAGGAGUGGCUAGAACGGACCAACACUACAAGAACCAGAAUGUAUUUAUUCUCUUAUUGUUUAAGAAUCCACCUUUGUCUCUGAACUUCCCAGUGUGCUGCUGUCAUUCGGCACAGUUUGAUGGAAGGGUUUAAAAAAGUCUUACCCUUUUUACUUUCCCCCCCGCCCACAGACCUACGGUUAUAAAAUGUGAACAGCUCCAUCCAGUGAGUGGUAGUAAACUGUUCUUCUAGUGACCAGUGUUCCCCUUGUGCAUGUUGAUACUGAUGUUCAGUCAUUGUAUGUCUCUCCUACAUUUCAUUUGGAACUUGAGAGGCGUCGGCCCCUUUCUCACUCUUCUUUUCCCGUCACUUGUAAUUAUUUAAAGCAUUAAGAAAAAGCACUUUAUCUGUACCUCGGUGGCCUGCUGUAAGCUCACUGUCAGAAACACUAUUAUUGUGAGCUACAGCCCUGAUAGGCAGCAGGGGAGCUAGGAAAUCAUUUGUGGUUGACUAUCCAACGGCCUUGGAGAUAUGACUAACAUUUUUUGGAUGGUUGCGUACACUGUAUUCUCACAUGGGUGUGUUUCUUUCUCAGCUCGUCUACCACACUACAAAAACCCCACAUGUGACAUUUCCUACUGGACAAACCUGGGUGAAAUGCGUGUAAACCUUCCCUAUGCAGUAUCAGUUCAAGCUUUACGGUCGACUUUGGAAGAACAACAGAACAUGCUGGAAGAAUACUGUGAAGUCAACUGCUCAUAGCCCGCGGUUAUCGAGUCAUUCGGCAAAGCAAACUGAAGCGCUGACCUUUAGUGAGCUUUUGUGUUGAAAGGCGCACUGUUUGAAUAAGGGAGAGGGGCAGGAGCAGAGACCACUGGUGUUGAGCACAGGCCAGCCUGUAUCAAAGAACUGCACACAGUCGCCCUCGGACAAGCAGCCUGGCUAAUAUCCGCUUGGCCACAAACGCUUAGCUUGUGAUUAAGGCGGAAGAAUGAGGGACUUUUUUUGUUGAGUUUUUUUUCCAAGGGGAGCAGAUGACGACCAUUCUGGUUUUCUGCGCUUUGACUGCCAUCAAGCCCGGCUCGUUUUCCAGGCAGCCUUACACAGAUUCUAAAUGUAUGUACGCCCAAAAGGGGAAACGCGUGUGAGGAAUUUCCCAUGUGUGUGCAACACGGCUAUCAACUGUUGCCCAUAUUGGUCAAUGUUAUUGGCUACUUUGUUUUCUUUUUUGUUUUUGUUUUUUACGUGUACAUAAAAUAAAAUAUACAAGCAAUA